UUUUUUUUUUUUUUUUCCCCUUAAUGUUUUUCCAUUCCGAGAAAAGAUUCCCCGCAGUUGAUAAUAAACUCAUUUUCAACGACAAAAACCAAUUUAUCAGCCCAUAAUGAGUUUGCCCAGUCCCAUACAGGAGCCUGCGGUCACGACAACGCUUACGAAUAAAACGGCCAUCACUGCGUGGGAGAGGACCGAUGAACAUCUGGCGAUUGCGACAGAGGGGGGCAUCUACAUCUAUCGAUUUUCAGACAAUACAUUAAAUACGCUACAGCUCAAGGGGAAUGCGACCUGGAGUCUUGCGUGGUGGGGGGACGAGAAUGCGCUCGUAACGGGCGGGUCGGACAGCAAUAUUCGAAUAUGGGACAUAGACACCAAAUCGAUAAUUCGCACAUUAAAAGGCCACUCCUCGACGGUGCGAUGUCUCCAAAUCAUCAACGGAAAAACCCUUAUUUCCGGGAGUCGGGACACGACCAUCCGCAUCUGGGACCUGACUUCGCCCUCGCCAGAGCCCAUUUUAGUACUCGAGGGCCACAGCGCGACGGUUAAAUGCGUGCAGGCCCAUGAAGAUCUGCUCGUUUCUGGCAGUUAUGACCACGAUGCGCGUAUCUGGAAUAUCCACACCGGGGAGUGUCUGCACGUGCUAAAGGGCCACCAAGGCCAGAUUUUCGAGCUGCAAUUCGACGGAACCCGCAUUGUGACCGGUAGUUUCGAUACGGAAAUUCGCGUCUGGGAUCCUAAAUCCAGAUCAUGCCUUGCUAUUCUCUCCGGCCACAAGGAUUUAAUCACCCAUCUCGAUUUACAAGCAAAUAACCUCAUCUCCGCAGACUGCGUGGGAAUGCUACGGAGAUGGUCCUUGGAAGGCACCGACAACACAGAACUCACGCCCGCUGAUAACGACAGCGUCAUCUCGCUCGCCACGCAUAAAGAUCACGUGCUGCUCGGCAAGGCGAACGGCUCAGUCCGACUGGUGAAUCGCAACUCCGGAGAGACGAGGACACUGCUCGACAGUGGUGGCACGGUAUGGAAGGUGGGCUUCACGCCGUGGUAUCGUCCCAUGGCGGUUUACACGAAGGGGGCCGAGACUCGGCUGAGUGUUUUUACGGGCUGAGUUAAUAUUCUACGUUACGUUUAAUAAUGAAAAUGAUGGUUUUGUUAAUGAACUUGAGUGGUCUAGAUUAUAGAUAGAGGUUAUAUUCUUUUCUAAAACUAAUGUGGCCGAGGCCGAUUCCGUGGGUUGCAGAUCACGUUUGGACUAGACAUUCUCGAUCGCUUUUGGCCUCUGGCAACUAGAUCUGGAUACUCCAUAGUCCACUCUUACAUCGUUUAUUGGUAGU